AUGGCUUUGGCUUUUCCAGCUGCACAUGUGAAUGACCUUGUCAUCAAGGAGGGAAUCCUUCUUAAAAUGUCUCAACAAAAGAAGAAAAUCUCUCCACGGAAUUAUAAAGAGCGCCUAUUCAUACUCAAGAGCCAUGCACUAUAUUAUUAUGAGUAUGAUAAAGGGAAAAAGGGAGCGAAAAAAGGAAAUGUGCUGAUAGAGAGAAUCUGCUGUGUGGAGAGGGUUCAGCCAGAAGACAACUCACCAGUUGAAAGACAGUUUCCUUUUCAGAUUGUUCAUGAUGAGUUCAUUCUCUAUGUGUUUGCCAAAGAUGAUGACAGUAGAAAUGACUGGUUAGAAGUCCUGAAGCAAGUGAUUAGAAAUAACACUAAGCUCUUGACAAAGUACCACAGAGGUUUUUGGACUGAUGGGAAGUUUCUAUGCUGUGGUCAGGCAGCAAAAACUGCCCCAGGAUGUACUGUGCUGAAUACAGAGCGUAAUUCCCCUGAGGUCAAUAGAACUCCUCCACACAAACCGCUUCCUCCUAUUCCACCUGCUGAGGACACAGAGAGGACAGCUCUUCCCCCAAUCUCAGAAGAUCGGAGAAGCUCUGUGAAGAUGGUGGUGGCUCGUUAUGACUACAAAGCUGAUGGGCCCCAUGAACUGAAUCUACUGAAAGGAACCAAAUACCACAUCAUAGAGAAUGACUCAAACCAGUGGUGUAAAAUCAGAGACACUCAAGGGACAUGCAGUGGGGCAGAUACUGUGCAGCACAUCUCUCUGAAGUCUGUCCGUGUGGAAGACUACCCCUGGUAUGUUGGAAACCUGUCACGGGUGAGGGCAGAACAACUACUGAGAGAGAAGGGGAAAGAGGGAUCAUUUGUAGUCAGAGACUCCAGUCAAAAGGGAAUGUACACAGUGUCGUUAUUCAGUCAAGCACUUGAUGAAUUGAAUGGAACCGUCCGGCAUUACCUUGUCAAUGUCAGUGCUGAUGGGAAGUACUACCUCGCACAGAAACACCUUUUCGACUCUAUUCCCCAAAUGAUUCAAUACCACCAGCUCAAUGGGGCAGGCCUGUUGACAAGACUGCGCCACCCAGCCAUCACUAAUGACAACAAGGCUCCAUCAGUGUAUGGAGAAUGGGAGCUUUGCCGUGAUGAGAUAACCCUGUUGCAGGAGCUUGGCAGUGGACAGUUUGGUGUGGUUCAGUUGGCAGUCUGGAAGGGGAAAUAUAAAGUAGCCAUUAAAAUGGUCAAAGAAGGCUCUAUGUCGUCUGAUGAGUUCAUUGAGGAAGCUCAGGCCAUGAUGAAAUUAAGGCAUCCAAAACUGGUGACCCUUCAUGGCGUCUGCACAGACAUGUUUCCUAUCUACAUAGUGACAGAGUUCAUGAGUAAUGGAUGUUUACUGGACUACCUAAAAAAUCAUGGUAAAGAGCUUCAGCCUUCGCAACUGUUAGACAUGUGUCUGGAUGUGUGCGAUGGCAUGACCUACCUGGAGAGAGAACAAUUUAUACAUCGAGACCUAGCAGCAAGAAACUGCUUGGUUGACCAAGAUCUGACCGUCAAGGUGUCUGAUUUUGGAAUGGCUAGAUAUGUUCUGGAUGAUCAGUACACCAGCUCAGUAGGCACCAAGUUCCCUGUGAAAUGGGCUGCCCCUGAGGUCCUUAACUACACCAGAUUCAGCAGCAAAUCUGAUGUGUGGGCCUUUGGAGUGUUAAUGUGGGAGGUGUACACCUUAGGAAAAAAACCCUAUGAGCUGUAUGACAAUGCCCAAGUUGCUGAGAUGGUCUCGCAGGGACACCGAUUGUACAGACCUCAGCUGGCCACUGCAGAACUUUACCAGGUUUUUGGAAGCUGCUGGCAUGAGCUUCCAGAGGAAAGACCAUCCUUUCAACAACUUUUUGAGCUUCUUCGUGCUUUUCAAGAUGAGUAA